AUGCCUAGACCUUUUUUCCAGAAGUUAAUUCUAAUUAGCACCAUCAGAGAAAAGAGACUGAGGAUCCCAGAUAAUUUUGUCAAGAAAUUUGGACAUGACUUACUGGGUUUUGUGAGACUCAUUGUUCCUGGUGGUCAUGUGUCCCGCAUAGGAUUAAUAAAAGCUGAUGAAAAAUUAUGGUUUCAUGACGGUUGGCAUCAAUUUGUUGAACGUUUCGCUAUCCACGUUGGUUACUUUUUGAUCUUUAGAUAUGAAGGGAAUGCAAUUUUCAAUGUUCAUAUAUUCAAUUUGCCCACUUCUGAGAUAAAUUACCACUCCAACACUCUUAGUGGGAAAAGAUAUCUUGCAUUUGAAGAAUUGGAAGAGGACGGAAAUGGUGAAAACUCAGGCGUUCCCCCUCCACAACUGAUAGUCAACAAAAGUUACAAUCCUCCUGCACUGCAGAAUUUGUUCAGUGGAUCUAAACUUAAUAAUUGCAUAAAUUGGGGUGUUGAAGAGGCUAUGCGCUUAACGAAGGGUGCUAACAUUUCACAAGUGGCAAAUGAAUCAGCACGAAAUGUAGGUGCUCAUUACAGCGAGCUUAGGAAUUCUCAAGAUGAAGUGAAACUCUAUAGUCCAGAUGGAGAAACACCAAAACCUAAAAAACGUGGAAGGAAAAAGCUGAAAGCUGAUCCCAAUGACCAGCAGCUGUCAUCUCCACAUGAAGAUGAUGGUGAAAUGCGCUUUAGAUUUUAUGAAAGUGCUUCUGCAAGAAAGAGAACUGUCACUGCUGAAGAACGAGAAAGAGCAAUGAAUGCAGCUAAAGCAUAUGCACCUGAUAAUCCCAAUUGUAGGGUGGUCCUGCGACCAUCGUACUUGUACAGGGGUUGCAUUAUGUAUUUGCCAUCUGGCUUUGCCGAGAAGAAUCUAAAUGGAGUUUCGGGGUUCAUUAAACUUCAGUUAUCUGAUGGGAAACAGUGGCCUGUUCGAUGCCUUUACAGAGGUGGCAGAGCUAAAUUUAGCCAGGGAUGGUAUGAAUUCACAGUGGAGAAUAAUUUAGGGGAAGGUGAUGUAUGUGUCUUUGAGCUGCUGAAAUCCAGGGAUGUGGUUCUGAAAGUUACAUUAUUCCGUGUUCUCGAAGAUGGUGGAUUUAUAAACCAUCCUUAA